AUGAUACUGUUGGUGUUAGCGAGGGUCAUGACCGGUGUCAAAGUCCUCAAUCAUUCAUCCAAGGGUUGUGCCUCCACGCCUUCUAAACAGCUCGCAAACAUGACAGAUCUUUCAGCUUUCCCACAGCAGUUAUGCGAGUAUUUCGGCGGAAAUUCUAAAGGUGCGAUGUGGUACAGCUUUCCUCAAGAGAAAUGUGAUAAAUUACCAGCAGUCUUCGGCGGCAUUUUGAUGCUUGAGUCAAUGAAUGCAGACCAAAAAACGGAAGAACAGUGCUAUGCCAUGUAUAUACAAUGCUUGGGAAUUGCGAUUGACUUGCUCGAAAAGCAUGUAACGGAGUUCUCAACAUCCAUACCUGUAAUACUAGUUUUUUACGGUCGUUUACAACUGAAAAACAGCUAUAGACGUGUUCGGAAGACUUUAUCAAACGUCUGCGAAAAAGUGCAUGUCGAAGGCGUUUUCUCUCGUCGUGCCAUCAUUAGAAAUUUAAUCAAAGUCGACAAUCCUCUCUCAGAUGGCAGCUUUCAGGUGGAAAUGAAGUUACCAGAAAGCAUUGAUGUAGAGUCAUCAAUCUUGGUAGAAGUUGAAGCUGGCGUUAUAAUGGUUACAGUAAAAAAGAAAGGGGUUAAGGGGAGAAAGUUGCUUGAAAUUUUGUAA